ACGUAACUAACCAACAUUUCGAGCUCUUUGCAUUUCCCAUGGCCACGGUUGACUAACGCAGGACGACCCGCCAUUUUAAAUUAUUUUUUACAGUGCAAUGAAGUUGAUUUUUUUAUGCAUUUUGCUUGAAAUUUACUCCAAAGAAGUGUCAUAUAACAUAGAUAAUCAAAUUACUGCGUCUGCAACCAAAAGGAAGAUGUAUAAGCCUGAUUGGAAAGAUCUGGAUACCCGCCCUCUGCCGCAGUGGUAUGAUUCUGCUAAAAUCGGCAUUUUCCUUCAUUGGGGAGUGUAUUCGGUACCGUGUUUUAAAAGUGAAUGGUUUUGGAAAAACUGGAAAGACGGUGACAUACCGGUUUUGGAAUUCAUGAAAAAAAGUGAAUAUCACAUUAAUAUGACUUAUGAAGAGUUCGCGCCAAUGUUCAAAGCGGAAAAAUUUGUACCCGAACAAUGGGCAGACCUUUUCGUCGCAUCUGGAGCAAAAUACGUUGUUAUCACUGCUAAGCAUCACGAUGGAUACACUCUGUUCCCGUCAGGGCGUCCUAACUGGAAUGCGAUAGAUGUGGGACCUAAGAAAGACAUUUUGAGAGUUCUUUCAAAGGCUAUAAGAAAUCGCAACAUGAAGUUUGGUGUAUAUUACUCUCUAUUAGAAUGGUACAACGAAUUGUACUUAAGGGAUAAAAAAGCACAUUUCAAAACCACUUUGUACCCUGACAAUAUAGUUUGGCCCGACGUUGAAUUCUUGAUUGAGAACUACAAACCUUCUGUGCUUUGGUUUGAUGGGGAGAGUGAAGCUAAUACUAGUUACUGGAAAACUCGUGAACUCUUAGCCUGGCUCUACAACGAGAGUCCUGUUAAGGACGAGAUUGUAGUAAAUGAUAGAUUAGGCGAUGGUACUCUCUGUCGCCAUGGAGACAUUUUCAACUGCGACGAUAAAUAUAAUCCAAGAACCUUGAUGCACCAUAAAUGGGAGAAUGCUUUCCCUUUGGAUAGGAAGUCUUGGGGUUAUAGAAGAGAAAUGCAGUUAAAUGAUGUGUGCAACUUCGAUGAAUUGAUAGAAACUAUCGUGUCUACGGUCAGCUGUGGUGGAAAUGCGCUAAUCAACGUAGGACCAACGAAAGAAGGGACCAUAGUACCAGUUUUUCAAGAGCGACUUCUACAAUUAGGACAAUGGCUAGAUAUUAAUGGCGAAGCAAUCUAUAAUACUUCGCCUUGGUUCCAUCAGAGGGACAGCCUCAACCCAGACGUUUGGUACACUUGUGUCAAAAAAGUAUACAACCAAUUAGAACCCAUAGCUUUACCAUAUGUAACUGACACAAUAAAAGCAGUUUAUGCAAUUUUCUUGAAAUGGCCAAGUGACGGCAUAUUGAAAAUGAAAGAUGCAGAAUUUACAUUUAAGAGAAAAAAAAACAAAAUUAAACUUUUAAAUAGUGAAGGCUAUGCAUUAGUAAACGCGCAGAUUGUUAAUGAUGUAGUUGAAGUUAACCUCACGAAGAUCUUCCGAUCAUCAGCGCCAGUAGAAUAUUUUAGUGAAAACAACUUGCAUGCUUGGGUAUUGAAGAUCUCACCAACUGUAACGGGUUUAAAGACUGUAUACACGUUUUCUACAUAAUAAACACGACAUCGAUUCUCCAAAUGAUGUUUAUACUUGGGUUUUUAAACUGAAAUACAUAGUAAUCAGUUGUCUAUACUUAGCACAGUUGCAAUAACUGGAAAAAAUUUUUAGCGUUUCUAGAAGUUAAUAUUCAACAAUUUCUAUUACCACGAGGGCCUUUUUCUUCUGAA